GAUACCGGGAAACCACUACCGCAGUCCGGUCCGCGUCGUCAGAUCAUUCGUACGCUCCGUCGCGGUCAGUUGUUUCUCGUUUUUCAUCGUUCUUUCGUCAUACCCGUCGUUGCCCACGAACCGCAGACAGUGUACGCGCGCGCGUGAAAAGCAUACAGAAAAAAACCCCCGAGUGCCUUUGGUCGCGAACCGUUAAUUUUUUUUUUUUCUUUCUUUCUUUCUCUCUGUUGACAAUUAAUUCGUUUCACAAUUCGAUCGUAUUGCAUUACGUAAAUUAGUGUCUGAAGAGAAACGACGUGUACAGGAUUUACCGUCGCGCUCACUGACGCACCUUGCACACCGUAGUUGGAACACAUCACGAAACAGGUGGUACGAAAUGGAUUUUAGAACAGUUUGAGUACAGUUCUAUUCGUUCAUCAUGAAAUCUAAAUCAUGGGAAUUGUUAUUGGCUGUGGUGGCAUGUCUAGUGUACAGGACCACAAGCCACGUGGCACUUACGUUUCCUCCAGCCCGAACAUAUGACCUGGACUUUCUGGAUACGGGCAGAACGCCCGGCCCUUGUGGCAUGCCUAAAGGCUCAGUCAAAACUUCUUUGAUGUCCGGGUCGUCGUUCAACAUCACGUGGCACCUAGCGUAUCCCCAUUCGGGAGGAAUCAAGCUUCAAGUAUUAGACAAUUAUCAAAGACCCGUAUUAGAUCUGACGCCUGUUACAAAAGAUUCAGAAUUUCUAAGGACCGACAUAACAGCUCAAUCGUACGCGGUACAGUUGCCCGGGGACUUUGUCUGCGAAGACUGUACUAUCAGGUUGCUGAGAGAAGCACUGGAAUGGGGAAGCAGCUACAAGUUUUGGUCGUGUGCUGACGUCGACAUCAAAAACAAAAAAAGUUACCGGGAAGACUGCAGUGGCAAAGGACGAUACCUGUUGUCGAAAUGUCGAUGUGACAGACUUUACUACGGCCCCAGGUGUCAAUAUAAAGAUGAAUGCACUGAAGACAGUGACUGCGGUGAUCAAGGGAGAUGUGUAGACACUCAAGCAACCUCUGCCCCUAGAAAACAGUGUUAUUGUGAACCGGGAUGGUUUGGACCAGCGUGCACUAAAAGAUCUUCGUUGAAAUCUAAUGAAAUCGAUGUUACUAAUCAUAGAUAUAGAGAACUUUCAAAGGAUUUCCAUUUAUAUUGGAAAGUAUUCCGAGAAGAAGGCGAAAUUGAAAUCGUUUUAAGAGCAAAUAGUACAAGUUAUUUAGGUUUGGGUUGGCGCCCAAAAGAUUUGACUGCAGAAUGCAAGAAUUUUCCGGCUAUUGCAGACCUGCCGGGCGCGAAAGCUGUAGCAGCAGUACCUAAACCUGAACCUGAGCCAAAAAGUGAACCAGAACCAAAAAGCGAGCCCGAACCUAAAAGUGAGCCAGAACCUAAAAGUGAAGCAGAGCCUAAAAGUGAACCAGAACCAAAGACCGAACCGGAACCAAAGAGCGAACCGGAACCGAAAAGUGAACCAGAACCGAAAAGUGAACCCGAACCGAAAAGUGAACCCGAACCAAAAAGCGAGCCUGAACCGAAAAGCGAACCUGAACCGAAAAGCGAGCCUGAACCGAAAAGUGAGCCUGAACCGAAGAGUGAACCAGAGCCGAAGAGUGAACCAGAGCCGAAGAGUGAACCGGAACCAAAGAGUGAACCUGAGCCAAAAAGUGAACCUGAACCCAAGAGUAAACCUGAACCAAACACGACACAAAAAUCAAGUAGCAAAUCUGAACCUGAACCAGAACCUGAGACGAGUGCGGAGCCUUUGCCAGAACCUACGACUCAACCAACAACAACUACAACUUUUGCCAGUUCCACUAGGCCCAAACCAUCAUUUUUCCGAACCAGAGGUCGGCAGCAAAAACCAAAACCAACUGAGGAACCGGAAGUCACAGCAUCAACAAGCGCACCAGUAAAAACUAGUGGAAGGCCGACAUUUGCCCAAUUAAGAAGAACAGCAAGAGAAGCUUCCACUCCAAAUGAACCUCAACCAGAGUCAGAGCCAGAACCAAGGUCAAAAGCUAAGGAAGGCCAUAGCCAUCACGACCACUCGUCUCACGAGCAUGACCAUAACCACGAUCAUCACCAUCAUACUCACGAUCAUAAUCAUGAUCACCAUCACCAUGAAACUCCUGCAAAAAAAGAAAAUAUGAAACUCAAUACUUACACACCGAAAGCGGAUUUUAAUGGAAUGGACUGCACUGAUUUAGUAAUAGGAAGUGCGCGAGGGUCAGCUAGCAGGAUAUGGGAUUAUUAUACGAGAGAUAGAUCAACACCACGCGUAGACAGCUAUUGGGGUGGAAAGAAUGACUUGAUCGCUGCAGUUGGAUACGAAAAAGAUGGAGUCACAACUAUUGCCUUUAGAAGGAAACUCAAAGCUACCGAACCCACAGAUCAUUCGAUUGUCGACGACGUUAUGCAUGUAAUUUGGGCUAAAGGUCAAGAACAGAAAAACCAUCAGCAACCACCGAAAUUUGGAUCGGAAAAAGACGUUGCGCUCAUAAAAGAUUUUUACAAACCCGAUGAACUCAAAUAUCAUGGCCAUGGAUCACAACGCGGAGUGAUUUCUAUCAACUUUUUCGAUGAACCCGAUCAGCAUCAGCAGUUGACAUCGGUCGACGAUCAAGCGGCAACAAGAGCCGUCGGCGACGGCCCGACCAACAACGGCAAACCGUCUCACCAGAUGACCACGCCGGCGCCCAGCAACUGUUACGGUCAGUGGUCGACGCCGAAAGGUUGCAACGUAACGGCCGGUCAUUGCGAAUACCACGUCGUCUGGACGUACUCAUCGAAGACCGAUUACAUGCGGUUCACGAUCACCACGACGCACACGAGUACAUGGACCGGAAUCGGGUUCUCAGACGAUCACAAAAUGAGUCAAACUGAUGCCAUAAUCGGAUGGGUGGAUAAAGCUGGAAGGCCGUUCCUUAUGGACACGUGGAUAAACGGAUACACAAAUCCGCUACUAGACCCUUCUCAAGAUUUGAGCAACAUUACCGGCAACACUGCUGAAGGGUUGACGACGUUGAGCUUCAUGAGAAAGAGAUCAACGGGAGAUCCAAAGGAUAUGAUGUUUUCGGAUGAAAAGUGUUUGUACUUGACGUUCAUCGUCAAAGGGGGUGGUUACAAUCCGGUGAACAAGAAGAUCAAGAAACAUGAGCUUGUACCUGUGUUUUCGAACGAACGAGUGUGCAUACGGUCAUGCGGAGCUGAGGAAGAUUGGGAAUCCGUGACCACCACCACGUCGCCAAAGGCAGCGUUCAACGUCGCUAUCAAACUAGUGAAAUUGGGUGAAAACUUUGUCGUGCCGCCGGCUGGAAGCCCUGAUUUUGAUGUUCUAGCCAACACCGUUACCAGCGGUUUCAAGAAGACCCUGACCAAAUUACCAGAAUUUUACAAGAUUAGCGUUGACGAAUUUGCACAAGAAAACGAUAAUGUGGUUGCCAAGAUGAGUGUCGAGUUGGACGAAAGUGGUGGUGGAUCGCGCGGCCGCGCGUUGAGCGAUGACGAGGGCGCCGAACAACUGGAACGCGUUUUGAGAAGUACCGUAAAUAGCGGUCAUGUGGGUGCUCUAUCAUUGGACCCUAAAUAUUUUGUUUUCGAAGCAGCCCCACUUUCCAAUACGAGACAAGUAGAAGAAAACUCUAAUGACAGUAUAUUAUUGUCGACGACAAAGUUAUGGAUUGUUAUCGGUUGUAUAUCAGCGUUGGUGUUUAUUGCCAUAGUCCAAGCCGGAUGCACAAUCUACAAAACGGCUCGUAGACCCAGACCGAACCACAAGGAUCACGGUGGCGUGAACUCAGCGUGGAAGGAUUAUUCGUCCGGUGGGGGCGGCGGUGGUGGCAUGGGUGCGGCGAACACGAAUUACGCGUUCGACCAGUACGAUGGGGACGAGAAACAAUCGCCCAGCUCGUUGAGCCACACGUCCACGAUACCGCUGACCACGAAGCUGGUAUCGCACGGCGGUGGCGGUGGCGGCAACCACUACGCGGAGUCGCGAUCGUUGCACAGGCCGUCGGCAGCGAACGGAGCAGGCGGUCGGCACAUGCACAGCCGUCCUCCUCCGCCGCCCACGCACCACCACCAGGACAGGGCGGCCGGCACGUACUCGCUGCCCAGGCCCGCGCAACAGCCGCCGCAUCAUAACGGGUACUACACGCACAGGCCUCCUAACCGGACGUCGCAUGGGCCACAGCAACAGCAGCAGCAACCCGGCGGCGGCGGCAGUGGCGAUCAGCUACAGCCCGACUUCUACUUCAUGCCGUCCCAGAGGAAGUAUUCCGGCGAGGUGGUCAGGGUGUACGUGGACUACAACACCAACCCUAGGAAAUGAGUAAAAAGCACCACCCGCGUUCGCGUCCGUACGCUGCUGAAAUGAAUAUUUUUUAUGUUUUACUUGUAAAUAUUUAUUAUAUUGAUUUAUUUUUUUA